CGACCGCAUUUUCCGCGGUCGCUAUUUUCGCGGGAUGAGACGACGGUGAGUCGUGCGAUGUGUCGUCGGCCACACAUUAGCGCGUAUAACAUUUUAUACCCGUUAGCAAUAUAUACGAACAAAAAGUCUCGUGAGAAUUAUUCUGGCCAAUCAAGCAAUCUGGGAAUGGGCGGAGACUCGAGUGCGAAUGUCAGCAACGAACGAGCGUCGAUAUUUCGGUGGACAAAUGAAACCGUGUACAGGUUUAAAAGAUAUACGUACAUCAGGGACACUGAACUCCCACCGAAAUGAUGAUGUACCUCACAAAAAGCUCCUGACGUAUUUGUCGUCCUUGUCGUCGAGGUCGAUGUUGGAAGAUACAGCACGUCACAGCAACGCGAAGGAAACGAGAAAAUACAGCUGGUGCUACGAGGAAUUCAUACUAAGCACACCGAUGUCGCGAAUCGAAGAGAGCUUGGUAACGGUGCGAGGAAUAGAUGAAAGAGCAGGAAGCCAUAACAAUAGUAAGAGAUGA